ACAGAUAAGAGGGGUCGGUGGAAUUACAAGCGGUGAGAGAGCGACAGAGGAGAGUAUCUGAAAGAGAAUGGGUGGGACAAUUCCAGCCGGCUCAUCGCGCAUCCUCUUCUCUAACUCUCCAUCUUCCGUCUCUCGUCUCUCUCCUCACCAUCUUCUUUCACGCUUCAACAACACCACCUGGGGGCAAUCCCACACUGUUACCCCUGGAAUCCGAUGCACAGCGGUGGGAUCGGUGGCAACCUCGCCGGAGACAAUACCCGACGUUAAGAGAAAGAAGAAUGAAUUCGAAAUCGAAAACUUAACCACUUGGCUGUUGAAGCAAGAACAGGACGGUAUAAUUGAUGCAGAGCUCACAAUUGUACUCUCGAGUAUUUCAUUGGCAUGUAAGCGGAUAGCUUCGCUGCUUCAGAGGUCCAGCAUUAGCAAUCUUACUGGCGGUCAGGGCACCAUCAACGUCCAAGGCGAGGAUCAGAAGAAACUCGACGUUAUCUCCAAUGAGGUGUUCUGCAACUGCCUUAGAUCUAGUGGAAGGACAGGGAUUAUAGCAUCAGAAGAAGAAGACGUACCAGUUGCAGUUGAGGAAACUUACUCUGGAAACUACAUUGUUGUGUUUGAUCCAAUCGAUGGAUCUGCCAAUAUCGACACGUCCUUGACCACUGGAUCCAUCUUUGGCAUAUAUGGCCCUGAUGAGCAGUGCCUCUUUGACAUUGAUGAUGACUCCAUGCUUGAUCAAACAAAACAGAAGUGUGUCGUCAGUGUUUGCCAGCCAGGCAGCAACUUGUUGGCCGCUGGCUAUUGCCUAUAUUCCAGCUCUGUGGUCUUCACACUCUCAAUAGGGAAAGGAGUUUUUGCAUUCACCUUGGAUCCAACAUUUGGAGAAUUCGUUUUAACGCAUGCGGAUAUCAAGAUACCCAGAUCAGGUAAAAUUUACUCAUUCAAUGAAGGAAAUCACGAGCUAUGGGAUGAUAAUUUGAAGAGAUACCUUCACCACCUUAGGCAGCCGGGCCCUAAUGGCAAGCCCUAUUCUGGCCGUUACAUAGGCUGCCUUGUUGGUGAAAUCCAUAGAAUGCUAUUAUAUGGUGGCAUCUAUGGGAACCCUAAGAACAUGAACAGCAAGAAGGGGAAUCUGAGACUAUUAUAUGAAUGUGCACCAAUGAGCUAUUUAGUAGAACAAGCUGGUGGGAAAGCAACAGAUGGUAACCAGAGAAUACUUGACAUCCAACCCACAGAGGUUCACCAGCGUACACCAAUUUUUAUUGGAAGCCCGGUUGAAGUGGAGAAAUUGGAGAAGUACUUGGCCUGAUAAGUCCUAAAGGACAGAUGGUCCAAUUUUCCGUUGUUUGUAAUUCCUGUUUAUUUUCAUUGGCAUGUUUACAAAUUUUUUGAAAUCUGAACAAAGUCCAGAUUGAAUUCUAACAUAGAAUCAAAUUUGCUUA